CGCCUUCUUUGGAAACAGGACACCGUCGCCGGCGACGGUGCUCCUUUCUCUUUAUUCCCUAUUUCCUCCUUUCCUCUCUUUCUCUCCCCAGAUCGGUCCUAUCUCCCUUUUACGGAACACAACGAGUCCCACACAGACAACAGGACUGCUGUCAGAAACAGAGACGAUUACGCCGGAGCGACGUCAAAGUCUAUUCUUCCCCCAACCACAAGAUCGCUGCUUGCGGUGGUUUUGGGUGGUUGGCUGCUACUUUCUUCCAUUAGUUUUCUUACGGGUGUCCAAGUUUGAUUGGUAUUCAUCAGGUUGCUUGGUCACGAACGCCGUUUUUUGGGCCACGAAUGGAGGUUGUAAUCACGACGGAGACAGCGUCGUCGGUGUUCUGACCGGUGGUUCUCAGUUCAAUGAGAAAACAGGGAGAGACAAGGGGAGAACGGCCGUCGUUUCAUUACCAGCGAAACGCCGGCAACGUCGACGGGGCAAGAGUAAAAGUGCGUGUAACAACCGCGCGUGCUCGAUCACCGUCUAUUCCACUUCGGAAAAGCAACGCCGUACACUUGUCAUACAGACACAUCUUGAUUGGGCCAUGAUUUGACACUGCUGCCAACUUAGGACCGUCAACGUCCCAUAAACUGGCGCAUGGUGG